CCGGGAAUGUCGCCGGGGCUCGUGCCCUGGGCCACCCGGGCGCCUGGCAUGUCGGUGCACUACACCCUCAACCUGCGCGUCUUCUGGCCUUUGGUGACCGGCCUGUGCACCGCGAUCGUGUGCCUCUACCAUGUCCUGCGGGGCAGCGGGGACGCGCCAGCGGAGCCCCCCUCUCCCGACGGCGCGGACAGCGGCUUCCCGCUGCUCAAAGUGGCUUUACUACUCCUGCUUGGCUACGUCCUCUUGCGCUGUCGCCACGCUGUCCGCCAGCGCUUCCUGCCCAGCUCUAACCGUCUGGGCGGCCACGCCGACGUCUCUGCUAGACAUGUCGGAGAGCCAGGCCUGGGCACCCUCCUGGAGAGUUACUAUGAGCAUGAGGUGCGCCUGUCGCCGCAUGUGCUAGGCCACAGCAAGGCGCACGUGAGCAGGAUCGUGGGCGAGCUGGUGAGGGCUGGCCGGGCCCGGGGGUCCCCAGGCCCCAUCCCCGGGGGAGCACUGGCCUUGGCCUUCCGCGGGGACUUCAUCCAAGUUGGCAGUGCCUAUGAACAACAUAAAAUCCGCAGGCCCGACAGCUUCGAUGUGCUGGUGCCACUGCGCCUCCCGCCGCUGGUGGCGCUGGAGCCGCGGAGCCUCGGCACGGAGCCCGGGCUGGCCCCGGCUUUCUGCAGCUUCUUCGUGUGCGCCCUCAAGGCGCCCCCCUCGCCGUCGGGAGCUUCAGCGUGCCACUGGCUGCGGGACUGCAAACCCUUCGCCGACGGCUUCUGCGUGGACGUGCGCGGGCGGCGCCACCUCUCCUCCACGCUGGUGCUGCGCUGGUUUCAGUCGCACCUGCAGCGCUCCUUGGCCACGGUGCGCUACAGCCUGGAGGGGCGCUGUCGGGUCAGCCUGACCCCGGGUGGCCUAGAGCAGCCCCCUACCCUCCACAUCCUCCCUUGCCGCACUGACUAUGGCUGCUGUCGACUUUCCAUGGCCGUGCGUCUCAUCCCCGCUGUCCAUGUUGGUGAUGGCGCCUUCCUUGUGGCACCGCCACCCUCGCCCAUCAUCGGGCCCCUGCCAGAUCUCCCGGGUGGCCUGCGCGCCGAGGCACUGUGGGGUGUGAACACAGCGCGCCAGGAGCAGAAACUGCUGAGCUGGCUUCAGGAACGGGCCCCGCCAGGUGCCUGCUACCUCAAGUGCCUGCAGUUGUUCAAGGCUCUAAGAGACUUGGGUGCCCGCGGGCUGGACCCGGUGGCCGCCACCCAAUGGGGACACAUCCUGUCCUCCUACGUGCUCAAAACCGUGCUGCUGGCAGCGCUGCUGCAGGAGGGCGCCCUGGCACCAGGCUGGGACGACGCACACCUGAGCGAGUGCCUAGAGAAGCUGGUGCAUUUUCUCAGGGGUUGCCUGCUGCGGCGCCGCACGCUCUUCCACUGUGUGCUGGGACCCGGUGGGGCGGUCAGCGAGGUGGGCCCUUUGCCCAAGGUACUGAGAGAGGCCGCUCCAGUUGACCUCCUGGCUCCUUUUGAUCCACGCGCCAGGGAGCUUGCCGCAGCGCGGUUACUUUCCACGUGGCGGAGAUUGCCCCAGCUUCUCCGAGCCUAUGGGGGACCUCGUUACCUUGACAGGUGCCCCCUACCUCGGAGUCAACGCACCCAGGGGUUCCCCAAAGAUGAACCAUAAAUCUCAACCACACCACACCCAACCAAAUGCUUUUAACUAAAGCCUUUCCUGUGGAGUGGAGGUGGGGGAGGUGCCAGUUAAAUUCCCGAUUUGCUGCCAAAGCUGUUUGAAAAUUUAAGAGGAUGCCACAGGCAGGUUUUGGUGGCUUAAAUGUUACCCCCUGGGCUCCACCCCCUGGAAUCCAAGGUAGUUGUGUCGUCUGUAGGCGCAGACACUCCUGGGCCUAGGUGGUAUUUCAUACACACAGAUGUCUCAGCCCCCCCCCCCAUUUUAGAAUUGUUUUUGACAUAUCUGUUAGAUACUGUUUGUUUGUUUUUUUUUUCCUUGAAGGGGUGUUGCUUGUUUGGCUGUUUCAGUGCUGGGGAUGCUAGGUGGGCACUCUACCAGAGCUACGUCCGUAGCCCAUCUUAAAGAAGAAGAAAAAAAAAACUCUACCACUAAGAUCGACGUUUCAUUCUAGCAUUUGGUACCUAGAAGCAGCAUUUCCCCUAUUCAGAUUAACAUUCCUGUGUUUUUUAACUCACAGCCUUGUCUUAUGGGAUCAAUGAGAUUGUCACAAGUCAAGUGAGCGGCCCUGAGAGGCCACCAGGGGUGGGUUAGAGAGACUUUGAGCAAACAGCACUGUCUCCUGUCAGCUUUCUGGUUUUGUGGUGGUCGUUUGCACCAUGUCAUUGCAUCUGAAAGGCCAGUGACAGCUAUUCCAAGACUUGUGGCUCUGAAAAACAACGGUGUGCUCUGGCCGCCAGCCAGGAUACAUACCUGCUAGUCAGUACUCUUUCAUUGGGCAUCUACUCUGAGCCAGACAUAGUUGGAAGGAGCCACAAGAUGCAUAAUUAACACAGCUGGUGGAAGUAGAAAACCUACCAUCUUGAAAGAGAUGCAGUUCAGUCUUUGCCUAUAAACAUGUCUGACUAGGGCUUGCAGCUGCUGACAUACAACUUUUUUUGUUGUUGUUUUGCUUUGUUUCAAGGCUUCUUAGCAAACUCCUCCACAAAUUUUUUUUUCCCCGAGUUUAAACAGCUAUGAGGGGGAAAUGCCUGGUGUGGUGCCUGGCAUGGGUUAGUAAGCUCUGAUGCACAGAGAUGAGUCAGUAGUUGGAAGAUUCUUGAUUGCCCAGGCAGUGUAUGGUGUACUAGGAGAGCAGCUUGAAGGGACUCUUGAUUCAGUCUGUGUUAUGUAAAACAAUUCAUGUAUAGGCCAGUAUCUAGGGAUCUGGACUUGAAUCACUCCUGGUUAGGGGGAGAGGAGAUAAAGAGCAGGAGAUGAGGUUAAAGGAGGAGCAAGGGAUACCAGCCAUCUGCUGUUUUCUGUCUUGGGCAUAAACUUUUCUGGACUGGGUGUAUUUUGCAGACAGGAGGAGUCUUUUCUGAAUUGCCUCUUGUCCUCCCAAAUGUCUAUCAGUAUUCAAUUUCAGUUCAAGUUUAGGAUGUUCCAUCAUCUUGCAUGAUGGGAGAUGUAGCCACACUCAGUGUUAUGCUUGCACUUUAAAAAAAACAACAGCAACAACAAAGACAUGUAGUUCCUUAGACUCUUAAAAGCACAACUUUGAAAACAGAAAUAGUUACAUCAAUAAAGCCAUUGUUUAAUUUCUGAGCUAUUUCAAGGGAAUUAUAUAAAGCCCCUUUCUUUAGGGCACUCAGUUGGCCACUGUGAGACAUUAUUGUGAAUAAAUGAUUUAUAGGGAAUUCUCCCUGGAGCUGCGCACACUUUUCAUCCCCUUUGGAACCAUGGAGUGAAAAAAUAACAGGUGCAGUGGGGUGUUUGAGUUGUUCUGGAAACCAUUUCCUUUGAUACCCCAAAGGUUGCUUUUAGUUUUUUAAGGCCAUUGUUAGGGUCAUAGGGUACUGCAUUGAACUAAGGAGUCAUUCUACCAGCCUCUUGAAAAGAUACAAACUGCACAGUAGGUUUUAUUUUAAUUCCUUUGUAAAGUAAGUGGCAAGUAGAGAUUAUACAUAGGUAUAUGUGUGUGUGUGUGUGUGUGUGUGUGUUACACACACACACACACACACACACACACAAGCCUGUACUUACCCUUUCUUCCCCUCUACUCCUCAAAUCUACUGGAAUAGGGAAAUGAAGCUAUCAUUUGGAUUACAAAGCUUAGCUAAAGUUUCCAAAUAUUUCUAGCUGAGUUUCUAGGUUCCUUUCAAAAAAUGUCAAUAGCAUUUUAAAGUAUAAAUCUGAUUAUAUAUUGUUCUUAUAGUUUUCUUCUGUUAUUGUUAUUAUCAUUAUUAUUAUUUCAGGUUAGUCACCCAAAGCUUCAUCCAUCCUCAAAGCUUUUAAAUUUUAUUUUUUUAAAUUAAUGGGCAUUUUUGUGUAUAAAAUUUAACAAUAUUAAUGUUUUAUUUAAAUGUCAUGCUGAGCAAUUGUUCUCUGUAUGUGGUAACCAAAACUUAAAAGAGAUUUCGAUCAAUUUUGAUCAAUGUUUAGUAAUUCCAAACAUGUACUGUGUACAGAUGAAGUAAUAGGGCCUGUUAGCUGAGGGCUGCCCAAGGCAUUUAAAUUAGCUCAAGUCUGUGUUUUAUGAGCACUGCCAUGACGGCCUCCAUUUGAAAUGUACACAUUUUUAGUGUACACUUGGUACUGGAGAUUCAUAUAUGCAAUUAUUCUCAUAUAUGAAGGCUCUCCCCAAAAAACUGUUUAGCCAGUGCCCCCAAAAAAUGUUUUGAGGAAGAUGACUCAGCCUUUUUGCAAGGCAGAUACCUUUUAGUAACUCCCACUGCCAGGGCCUGGAGCCUUCCUGGAAUGCUCAUGGGCUGGGAGAAGGAGAUGUGUUUUGCAAAAUGAAACUGAUAUUGAAAGAAAGGAGGAUUUGAGUGGAUCACCAGAUUCUCUGAAGGACUCAGGAAAGAGGACUUAUGAUAGAAGUUCAAAAGGAGGAGAAGAUGGGAGGAGGCAGAUGACAUGAAGGUGUAAGAGGUUUGAAUGAAGAAAUGUCAUCUUUAGGUGUGUGUUAUUUCCAGUCAGGGGUCUCAAACUUAGCAGCCUGCAGAAACAAGGCAGGGAAAUAAACAGGGGAAGGGGAUGUGUUGCUGGGGACGGGAGACUGUACCCAUCUUAAAGGUGGGCUGCCAGUUCCACAUGGAGAAAGAAAAUGGGGGGGGCACAAGGAGUUAGCUUUUUUAAAAUAACAGAAUGUCACUGAUUUUUUUUCUCAUGUAAUAAAUAAUUUUAAAACAUUCCAGACAAGUGGACCAAAUGACAUUUGGUUGAACCUGAGGCCACCAGUUUGCAACCCUUUCCUUAGUAUCCCAAGGAUGUUUAAGAUUAUAUCCAUUACUUUGGAGAUGGUGCUCUUACAUAUAGAUGGGGAUGAGGUAUUUCAAUUCUUUGUCUGUCAGAGUUAAGCUUUAUUGUGGAAACAAGCAAGUAAGAAAAGAAACAUUUGAUACAGCCAUAAGUCACAGUUAAUUGGCCAGGAGCCAAUCCUUAAGGUCCAAAUGGUCCAUCACACACACCACUAGGGGCCAGUUAUUGGCUUUUCCCUCUUAGUGAUUUGGGGUAAACCUCUUCACCCCACUGGAACUUGCAGAUGAAUAAUGAGGAAGGACUGCAGAAUAACUUGUUUCCUUGUAUUUUGUUUGGUUUUUGUUUCUUUUUUGUUCCUGGUAUCCUCACCUGGGACUUCACAAUGGUGAUUGGUGAUUUUGAACGUCAAACAAAACCAGUGCUGGGUUUCCAGGCUAAACUUCAUAGACUCAUACUAUUCCCACUGCCUCGAACAGGGGACACUUUUGACCACUUCUGUCCCUUUAUUAUUUAAAGGCUCCCACCAAAAUUAGUAUCAAUUUACUCAGUGCUUCCAAAGCAGCUCUUGUUAGCUCCUGGAGGGAAGUUACUUUUUUUGGAAUAUGUCACUUUAAUCUUGGUGAAGAUGCUUCCCCAUUUGUACACACAUAAAGGAAGAUUUUUCUCCUGAGUUGGAGAAAAUGAACUGCAUCCACAUUUUCAGCAUCUCUCAAGAAGGAAGUAGAUUCAGUGUUAUCACUAUGGUGUUAAGUUUUCUUGUUUGUCUGUGAUUUAGACAUAAGCAUUAAUGGGAUACAGAUAACGAAAGUAAGAGUAGGAAGAGGGUGGAAAAUAUGCCAUCAUGUGAACAGAGGAAAUUGACUAAAAUGUGCAGCUAAAAUAUAUGUAAUCUGUUUUUGAAGUAUUAGAGAUUCAGGAAUAUAUUAGUAUCUUUGCUUUUUUUUAAGUGCCUUGACUAAGUCGUGACUUCAAACAUUCCUGCUGGCGUUAUUUUUAAUGUGUCUUCUGACCCCGAACUGUUAUGAUGCAGUCUGAUGAGACAGCAGUCAUAGAGUAAGUUUUGUUCCAAUAACAGAGACCAAAGGGUUAAUCCAAUAUGGUUCAGCUGCUAUAAUUAUGUGAUUAAGGGCAUUUUAAUCACAUCAGAUUUCCAUGGCCACAGUUGUCAAGGCCUGCCAUUCAUUUUCUAUUUGAGGUUGGAGUAUUUGCACUUUGAAUACUAUGGGUAACUCAGAGACCUUGUUCUUUUCUAUUCUGUUGUAUCAAUAAAGGAACUUGUGGAAA